AUGAUCCACACUCUCCUCUACAACCUUGUCGCCAUCCCUGCAGAUGGAAGUGAUUUGAACCAGUGGAAGUGUCCACUUGUAUGUUGGCUUGCUGUCUCAGGCCUGCGUGACGGUGGUCGUUUCAUGCCUGCAUACGACUACACGCGUGUCCUUGCAAAGUGGGAGUAUCAAUUACGGAACCUUCACCUCUAUCAGGCAAUCCAACGUGCAACAGAAUAUGAAGAUAAUCUCCUCGGUUCGGUGAGGCAUCAGUGCUCAACUUACCUGGUGGACGGAUCUAUGACACCAUGGAACUCAUUACGUGACCACCAGCGUUAUGCAUCCUCACUUGUCCUACGCCAGGCUGCCCCCGCUAAAAUCGAUUGGUCAGACGACAUGUCUAAAAUCUCCUGCCUAGGCACCACCCUCGAGUUAUCACGUCUGCGCACUGGUCUCCAAAAGAUCUGCAGCAGUGUGGAAUCACGCAUGGAGAAGCUCUGCAAUGGGAAUCUUCUUCCCAUCUCUGUUCCUGCCGACCUCACCGAAGACCUCACGGACAUACGGCCUGGAUUUUCGUGGUUGAAGCAGGGCCCGUUCAUGGAGCCUAAGCUGGGGCUGCUUGAGGUGCUCUUCACCCAUCCUGACUACUCCCUUGCAACAGUCGAUCAGUUCGGUGUUUUCCGCUGGAAACAUCAAGGUCUGCGCAAGUUGCGUGGGGAUAUUGCUGCUCUCACCGAAGAGCUUGCCGUCCUUUGUUUCAUGACACCUGCCCCUCCUCCACGUGGUACUGAAUUUGUCGACACCCGUCUCAGCAACGCACAGAUUCCUCGGAACGUCCACAAGAGUUUUGGAACCUGGUUCAUUCACCAGCGUACCAAGACAUCCUCCCUCACGGAAUCAUUAUCCUGGGUCCCAACUCUUUGUCCAGAUCUUCGCAUCACAAGUGCGCAUAUGGGUGUUGGCCUCUCUCUUCAUAUCUGGCGUCAUAUUGCGGUAUCCCUCAUGCGCGAGUUCAUCCCUCCGACAUCGAUCCAGGACAACUUCGGUGACAAAACGAUGAACCACAACACCAACAUGGCCCGCCGUAUCUAUGCUCGUGAAGUUGGACACCUCCCCUCCCUGACAACUGACGCUAUGCUCGAGAGUCGCCGGUUUUGCGAGAUGUGGCAUGAUGUCCUUGGAGUCGGGAAAUCCCCUUGUCCUGUUCCCCUCCGUGCUACCAACUACCAACAACACGCGCAUCUCACUGGGAACCAUCCUGCUGCACCGGCUGCACCUGCAGUUGAUGUUGCACAACUCACAGCUCUUGUAUCAGCUUCAGUGAACACCAGCUUUGAAGCUCUGAAGGUCCACCUUGAGGACCUAAUCCAGAAAGCGGUCGUCAAUGGAGUCUCGGUAGCCAUGCGAUCCUUGUCACAGGAAGGUCCCCCUCUUCGCCAACCCCCUGUACCCCAAUUCACUCCUCGUCCUCGCCCAUACUCCCCCGGACUUCCAGACAGUUCAGCCUCUAAACCAGCAAACACCUCAGAAUUGACAUACUCUGUUGACCAGCGGGAUCCAUUCAAGCCUAGCUCUGAUGAGGAGCAGGAAACCCAAGGCUCUAUGGAGGUUGACAGCCAGCCUCUCAGCAGUGCUCCAUCCUACCUCCAAUAUUCCACGCCUGUCCACUAUGAUGCGCCUAAUCCUAUGUCCAUUGCACGGGACCUCUUGCGCCAAGGAUUGAACAAUCCACACGCCUCAUUCAUAUCCCACGCUCAGUAUGAGCUUGUUGCAUGCUCGCUGGCUCGUGACCGCAAUGUCAUUGGGAUCCUACCAACUGGAGGGGGAAAGAGUAUGUGCUAUGAACUCCCUGCGCUUCUCUACCAGGAUCAGCUCUCCAUCGUCUUUGUCCCAUUUGUAUCCCUCAUCCAGGAUCAAAUCCGCCGAGCCAGCGAGAGAGGGGUCAAGGCGGCAAAGUUCAGCCAAUCCUCUGAUCCAGCAAAGGACCUCCAAAUACUGUUUGUCUCAUGGGAGCAUGCAGCUGAUCGACGGCUUCAAAAUUUCAUACAGUCCAAUGAACAGCGGAUCCACCGGCUCGUGAUUGAUGAAGCUCAUCAAAUCCUCACGGCAGGGGGCCAAUUUCGACCCAAGUUAAAGCAGAUUGAUGUCUUGCGCACAGUCUCGCUGCCCAAGAUCUACCUCUCUGCAACAAUCAGCCCCGACCACCACCAGAAAGACUUCAUAGAGAGCAUCGGGAUGAACGCUGGUUCCGUCAAGGUCAUCCGUGCACCCACUGGGCGGAGGGAACUGCAGUACCACCAGUACAAGUUCCAAAAGGCAGACCACAUCCUUGCCUUUGUCCACCGGUUCACCUAUCAGUCAUAUCUGACUGGUAUUGUACGCUCUGACUCACGUGUCAUCAUCUUCUGUCGACAAGUCGCCGAUGCAGAGACAAUCUCCAAGUCCCUUGGAUGUCUCAAGUACUAUGGUUCACUAGGACAAGACGAGCGCACGGAGACCCAGACCAAAUGGAUGGCUGGUGCCACAUCAGCCCACCGCUGUAUCGCUGCGACAAGUGCCUUUGUCCAUGGAAUUGAUGCCCCAUAUGUCGACCUCAUCAUCUUC